GAUUGUAUGUUCGGCUUCAAGGAAGUUAUUCUAAAUCUAAGGAGUUUCAGUUUAGUUUUAGGAAGAUAGAAUCUGGAUAUAAUCCUUUUAGCACGACGAAGGAGGAGCAACGUGCAUGACUUUCUGCGGAAAGCUGGGCAAGGUAUAUAUUUUCCAAGAACAUUGGGGAAUACAUCUAGAAGAGACCUUCAGGAUAGACAAAAUAAUGUUUGCUGUUUAAGCAAGAAAGUAAAACUAAUCAAAUCAUUGAAAGUUAAGAAAAGAUGGCAGAGGAAAACAAGCAAUCUGCUCAGAAAGACCUCCCUGAAGAAGAAAAAGAAAAGUCUAUGUCAGAGAGGCAGAUGAAUCUUCAGUCCCCCUCUGUAGAAAAUAUCUCAGCCAGCCUUCAACAGGAUAAGGCAGAAGAAACAAAAGAGGAUUCCUUGGUAGAAAACCUGUCAAAUUCUGAUGGAUUUCCACCUGGAACCGAGGCUACUGAUGCUACAGGAUGCAUUGUAGGGCUUCCAUCUGAUUCUGCUGGUUUACCUGAUAGUUGUGUAGAUUCAAAUUUGUUGAAUUCUUUACAUGAAAAGACAGAGUGUUCCACCCAUACUGACCACCUAGAUUCUCAGAAAGAGGAAAAAUCUUUAACAGAAACUGUUCCAGAAGAUAAAAUCAAUUCACACAGCCAGCAAAGCCAGUACACUCCGAAACAUACUGAAGAAACAAAAGAAGAUGGUUUGGACAAGGAAAGAGAAACAGUUCAAGAUCUUAAAGGCACAGAGAAGGCAUGCCCAAUUCCAGAUGUACAACAUAGGACAUCCAAAGUAGUGCCUGAAGUCUAUUCUCAGAAGACAGUUGAAUGCUUUACACCAGAAGUAAAUCAACAGACCUCAGUGAAACAGCUAAUAAGAAACUAUUAUCAGUCUCAUCAAGAUAAUGGUUUUUUAUUCUAUGGAGUUUUUCUGGCAAUAACGUUCGUGUUCAUUGCUAUAAGUUGCCAUUAUUGCUACCCUUUACACCCUCCAAGUAUGCCAAAAAAUCCAGUGGUGGAAGUCUUCUUAUCAAAGUUUGAUCCACUGAAAGACAUCUUCCCAGGUCAGAGCCCUCACCUGUGGGGACGAGUACGGAAAAUAUUGCAGAAACACCUUAAUACAUCCUACCACACUGAACCAGCUAUCUUAAUUUUUGCUGCUGCCCAGGAAGCUAAAUCAACUCUGAAGUGUCUGAGCACCCAGAUUGCCAGUGCCUAUUCAUCAUCCCUGGGAGGCAGCACAGUCCACGUAGAUGGAGCUUCUAAAUCCACUCUAAGCAAUGAUCUUGCAAAGCUGGCAGUUGAUGAGGAGCUGAGCGUUGGUUUCCAUGGAGGAGGAAAGGCAGCAGUAGUACAUCAGUUUGAAUCCCUGCCUGCAAGUUCCACCUUAAUCUUUUACAAAUACUGUGACCACGAGAGUGCUGCUUUCAAAGAUGUGGCACUGAUUUUGACAGUUUUGCUGGAGAAUGAGAAGUUGGAUCCUAGCAUUGGCCUACAGAUUGUGGAGGAAAAUGUGCGGGAUUUCAUCUGGGCCAAAUUCAUAAACUCUGAUUCACCCAGUUCUUAUGACCUUAUGGAUACUGACAAGCUAAGUGGGCUCUGGAGCCGCAUAUCCCACUUAGUUGUGCCUGUUUGUCCUGUGCCAUUUAUAGAAGAUAAUGGCUGCUUUCAGCAAGCGGCAAAUAAAGAAGAUUUCACUUUUAAAAAUUAAAGGUAAAAGUGGAGCCCACUUUUAAACCUUCCUUUUACAGUCUUCGGAAGGAUUUGCACAUAUCAGAUUUUUUUUUGAUUGCUUAAAAGGACUAGAGGUAUUAAGAUGAAAUAAGCUGAUUUUAAAUAAAUAUGCAUUGUGAUGUUAGUUUUGAUUAUGGCUUUCAUAAAAAAAACAAGAAAUUAUUGAAUUGAUUUUAUAGUUGAGUUGGCAUUUGCAAUGCAAUUUAAUGCAAUAUUUUUAAAGAUGGGUAACUACUAUAAUUUGCACAUUUAUAUAUUCAUAACAAGUUUGCCAUUGGAGGAAAAUGGAAAGACUACUCUUAAAAUCUUUCUUAUGAACAGAAUGGUUAGCUUAACCUAGAACUCCUGAUUGGCAUGUGAGAAUUCUAGUAAUGAACUAGUGAUUAUGUGAACUUCUAUUCCUAAACAAGCACUACAAAGUUCAGCAUAUUUGCACAAAAUCUCCAUAUACUAGUUCAGUCAACAUACUGAAAAUUAGAUGCUGAUAUUAAAGCUAACUGCAAAAUAAACUAGGUCCAAUUUUCAGAUUUUAUGCAAGUGAAUAUAUUGAAUUUAUAAAAAGUUUUUUUAAAUACAGCCUCCACUUGGAUUAACUUGUCAUAUAAGUCAAAUGCACUGUAUUUGUGCAUAAGGGAUAUUUUCUAAAUGGUAAUUCUAAAAAUACCUUUUACUGUAAUGUGAUAUACUAUUCUAUAUAUAAAGAAGCUGUUGUAUAUUGCA